CCGCGUCUCCCCUCGCCUGCGCCUCCCGAGAAGGGGGUCGAGCGCGUCCCCAGGGGCGCCCUGCGCGAGGCUGGGGUCCGGCGGGCAGCGGCGCAGUCUUGGACGCGCGUCGCCGGGAGGACCCCGGCGCCCUUCCCUCCGCUUCGCUCGGCGUCCCGCGCCCACCCCGGCUCCGGAGCUGUCACUUCCGCGCGCCGCCGGGUAGGGGACCGGGCCGUCGUCGAGGAGGAUGCCCGGGUGUUGGCUGCGUCCCCAAGCUGCUGGCCGGCGCUGCCCAGGGAGGCGGUCCGCAUAGCGCCGCCCAAACUUUCCUUCGCGGCGGCGUCAGGCGGAAACAUCCCGCUCCGAGGCUCACGGAGAGCGAAGGGAAGCUCGGGCGCCAGAGGGGACAGGCCCGAGCCUGCGCGGGAGAGCGCCCCGGAGUUCCUGGGGGCCCUGGAGGCGCCCUAAGGGCAGGACUGGUGGCUGCGUGCGUCCAGGCGGAGGCAGGUCCAGGGCGCAGCUGCCCCUUCCCCGUGCCCCGCAGUGACCGUGACCUCCGCGCGCUCCCCGCGCACGUGCUCGCGGCCGAGGACAAGGAGGGGUCCCGCCGCGCCAGCUGGGCAGCCACUCGCGGGCAGGCCAAGGGCGCACAGAGGCGGUGCGGGGGAGCGCGCACGCUGCGCCCCCGCCUCCACGGCAUCGGACUGGCCGCUGCGAGCGCAGAGCCGCCGGGUGUUGUGCCCGCCCGGCAGCGCCGCUGGACUCCGUGCGGGGCGGACUCGCGGAGGGACAGGUGUAGCCCGUAUUCUGGGGCGCCUCGCGCCGAAGAACUGGGUGGGCUCGGCGGCCCGGAGGGGGCUCGCGGGGCUCGGAGCUCCGAUCCUUGCCACGCAGGCCGGUUGGCACCACUUGGCGCUGCCAGCCGCAGGGAAGGAAGUCGCGGCGCAGCCCGGUUCCCCAGCGGCUGUUCGGACGCGACCCUGGCGCCCACUGCCCGCGGCGGCCUCCGCAACGGCCCCGGGACCUAGAGGUGCGCGCCGCCGCCGGCGCCGCCCCCAUGCUGCUCGGAGCGCCCAGGCUGUGCGCGUCCAGGGCGGCCGCCGCUGCGCAGAGCGAGGGCGACGGCGACAGGCUGGGCGGGGACAUGGACGAGUCGUCGCUCCUGGACCUGCUGGAGUGCUCUGUGUGCCUGGAACGCCUGGACACGACGGCCAAGGUGCUGCCCUGCCAGCACACCUUCUGCCGCCGCUGCCUGGAGAGCAUCGUGUGCUCGCGCCACGAGCUGCGCUGCCCGGAGUGCCGCAUCCUCGUGGGCUGCGGCGUGGACGAGCUGCCCGCCAACAUCCUCCUGGUGCGCCUGCUGGACGGCAUCCGCCAGCGGCCCCGCGCCGGCGCCAGCCCUGGCAGCAGCCCGCCCGCGCGUCCUGGUCCGGGCCCCGGCCCCGGUUCGGGGGCGGCCUCGGCGCUCGCGGGUGCUGGGGGCAGCGCCCCUGGCUCCCCGGUUCUCCUCCCCGCGGCGACCAGCGCCAACGCCAGCCUGCGCGAGCUGGCAACCAGCAGGAGCGCGCCCCCAGCAAAGAGCCUUCCCCAGCCGUCCCCCAGCAAAGCCCUGCACAGCUGCGAGGGGAAGGAGCCCGGGGACCUCAGGUUCAGCGAGGGGGACGUCAUGGUCUUGCGGCACCGGGUGGACGAGCGCUGGUACCACGGCCUCCUGCCCGCCAGCUACGUCCAGGGCGUGCGACCCCUGCCCCAGGCCCCGCCCCAGGGCAAAGCACUCUAUGAUUUCGAGAUGAAGGACAGAGACCAGGACAAGGACUGCCUGACCUUCAGCAAGGAUGAAGUCCUGACUGUAAUCAGAAGAGUGGACGACAACUGGGCGGAGGGAAUGCUGGGAGACAAGAUCGGGAUCUUCCCCCUGCUGUACGUGGAGCUCAACGCCGCCGCCAAGCAGCUGAUGGAGAUGGACAGGCUGGGCCCGGCCUCAGCGUCCGGCUGCCUCGCCGUCGUGCCCUCUGACCCCGGCGCGGGGGCCAGCGCGGCCCCGGGUCCCACUUCGGGCAGCACAGGGGCGGUCAGCGCCUUCCAGCGGCGUGUGGACAGUAAGAAGAAUGCCAAGAAGCGGCACUCCUUCACAGCCCUCAGCGUGACGCACAAGUCCACACAGGCCGCCAGCCACAGGCGCUCCAUGGAGAUCAGCGCGCCCGUGCUGAUCAGCUCCAGCGACCCCCGGGCCGCGGCCAGGAUCGGGGACCUGGCGCACCUGUCCCGCAGCGCUCCCACCCAGGACGCCUCGGCCGGAUGCACCCCAGCGGCUGAACAGCAGGGCACGGCUCCCAAAGUCCAGCUGCCCCUCAACGUGUACCUGGCGCUCUACGCCUACAAGCCCCAGAAGAGCGACGAGCUGGAGCUGCGCAAGGGCGACACGUACCGCGUGCUGGAGAAGUGUCGGGACGGCUGGUUCAAGGGCACAGCGCUGCGGACGGGGCUCUCGGGCGUGUUCCCGGGGAACUACGUGACGCCCGUCUCCAGGGUUCCUGUAGGCGGGGCUGGGCCACCCCGGAAUAAUGCAGUCGGAGGGUCUCCGCUGGCCAAGGGGAUGGCCACAACCCUUCACCCAGGUGGUGGGAGUCUGAGUAGCCCGGCCACGGCCCUGAGGCCGGCCCUCCCCCUCACCAUGGCCCAGGCUCCAGCCCAGCACCAGGCAGUCUCGCCCGCACUGGGCAGUUGUCUGCGGCACUCAGUUCAGCCAGCGGCCAGCCAAGCCCGGAGCGCCGGCACCCCCGCUGCCCACCCGGCCCAGGCCCAGGGCCGGCCCACCGCCGCGGUGUCGCCCCUGCGCGCCCAGAGCCUGCCCGCCGUGGGGUCCCCGCAGCACAGCCCCCGGCCAGCCAUCCUGCUCACGUCGGCAGCCUCGGCCGUCACUCCUCCCAACGUCAGCGCCGUCCACCUCAACGGGGAGGCCGGAGCGGGCCCUGCGGGCGGCCGGUCAGCACCCAGCCCCACCAGCACAGGAGGUAGACCCGACGAGAGGAGAAGCGAAAGGAAAGACAAGAAGCCCGGGCUGCUGAAGCUACUGGCCGGCGCGUCCACCAGGAAGAAGUCGCGCUCCCCGCCGUCCACCUCUCCCACCCACGACCCCCAGGCAGCGGUGGACGCCUCACUCCAGGGCGCAGUGGGGCCCGAAGUGUCCUCACUGUCGGUCCACGGCAGGGCCGGGUCCUGCCCCGUUGAGGGCGAGAUGCAGGGGGCCUUGGGGUUGGAGCCGCUGCACAGGAAGGCGGGCUCCUUGGAUCUGAGCUUCCCGUCGCCCUCCCGGCAGGCGCCUCUCUCCAUGGCCGCCGUCCGCCCCGAGCCCAAGCUGCUGCCCAGAGAGAGGUACCGCGUGGUGGUCUCAUACCCGCCCCAGAGCGAGGCAGAGAUCGAGCUGAAGGAAGGGGACGUGGUCUUCGUGCACAAGAAGCGUGAGGACGGCUGGUACAAGGGGACCCUGCAGAGGAACGGCCGCACCGGCCUCUUCCCCGGCAGCUUCGUGGAGAGCUUCUGAGGCUGUGCCUGCCGCCCCCCAGGGACGGAGGUGCAGGGACCCCAGGGGAGCGGCCGCCCGAGGCCCCGGGUCCUUCUGGGGACCUGGCGGGGACGCCGGCACGUGCAGGACCCGGGGGCGAGGAGGUCAUGGCUUCCACCCGCCCCGUGUCCUCCGACGGGGAGCAGACGCGCCGGGGUGGUUGGCUGUCGGGAUGCCCCUCUGCAGUCUGCGGGCGGGGCCGGUGGGGGGUAGGGCCCCGCGCGUUUGGAGAGUGUCCUUUGGGCGGCUCCGGGUUUCACGUGGGUCCUGAUUGCUCCUCGUCUCCGGCUAUACCUCAGGCACCUCCACCUGGACCCUCAGCACGGUGCCCUGGCCCGGGGUCGUCAACUGCCCUGUCCGGGCAAGGUCAGCACGUGGCUCCCGCGGGGCGAGGUGGCAGCGGUGCCUCGUGCUUUGCCACCACUGUCCCCUCUCCCUCGUGCUUCUUUCUUACAUCUUUUUACUGCAAAGCUGUUAGACUUUCUAAAUGUCUAACAGGUCGUUCACUGCCUAUUUUUCAUACAUCUGGUGCUGCCUUUUUGUAAAACUAGUCAGGACUUGGUUGAGCUUGAAAGAAAAAAUCUCUGGGGAGACACCAAAGGGGCAGAACUUUUACAGGCACCAUGUGAACCUGGAGAGCCAGGUCUUCACAGCCUCGGUGCUUGUGGGGCCAGAGGGGCCUGGGCAUUGGAGGGAGUUAGGAAAAGCCCGUGUCUUUCCACCCUUCCAGAGCCCCUGCCGCAUCUGGAGAUGUUCUGACGAGAGGUGGCAGUAAAGGAACAGGAGGGUGGGCCCCAGGUCAGGAGGCAGAACUUCCCUUCUGCGCUGUAGAGGGGACACCACAGCCAGCACUUCCACUGUCCAAAUGUGCGGUUUUUACCACCGUUCAGAUCGACUGCCUUGUGACGGUUUCUCCUUUUUUUCUUUAAAUAAAUAACUGCUCUGCUCUCAGUGCACACCUUGGUCUCGAGAGCAGAGCCACGAGGAUA